CCACAGACUACCAAUCUACGAAGGUAAAACCACAGGUCUGUGUACAAAAUAAAAUCGCUUGUCACUGUUCGAAUCGUAAAAUUUAAGAUUUUUAGAGUGAAUUACAUCAAAUAAUUUUCAAAAUGGUUUUAGAAAGUACUAUGAUUUGUGUUGAUAAUAGCGACUAUAUGAGAAAUGGUGACUUCCUACCCACUAGAUUACAAGCUCAGCAAGACGCUGUGAAUAUAGUUUGUCACUCAAAAACCAGGUCGAAUCCUGAAAAUAAUGUGGGCUUAUUGACUCUUGCAAAUGUUGAAGUAUUAGCUACCCUUACAAGUGAUGUUGGAAGGAUUUUAUCAAAAUUGCAUCAAGUUCAACCAAAUGGAGAUAUCAAUUUACAUACUGGGAUUAGAAUAGCCCAUUUGGCUCUUAAACAUCGACAAGGGAAGAAUCAUAAAAUGAGAAUAGUGGCUUUUGUUGGAAGUCCAGUUUCUGCUGAAGAGAAGGAGUUGGUUAAGCUGGCCAAAAAACUGAAAAAGGAAAAGGUGAACGUUGAUGUAAUAAGUUUUGGAGAAGAUGCUACAAAUUCUGAUGUUCUAAUGACAUUUGUAAAUACUUUGAAUGGCAAGGAUGGUACCAGCAGCCAUUUGAUAACAGUUCCUCCAGGGCCUCAUUUGUCAGAUGCACUAAUUUCGUCGCCGAUAAUUCAAGGCGAAGAUGGAACUGGUGCUGCUGGUCUUGGGGGCUCAGGUUUUGAAUUUGGGGUAGAUCCCAAUGAAGAUCCUGAACUAGCUCUUGCACUUCGUGUAUCAAUGGAGGAGCAACGUCAGCGCCAAGAAGAAGAUGCUCGGAAAGCUCGAGAAGCUGCCGGUACUGAAGAAAGUGCUCGGACCGAGACAAUUAAGGAAGAACCCAGUGAGGAGGCUUUAUUAGAAAGAGCAUUGGCAAUGUCAAUGGAAGAUGGAGCCACCCCUGAUAAGGUACAAACCAAAGCACCUGUAGAUUUUGCCAAUAUGACAGAAGAAGAGCAAAUCGCCUUUGCUAUGCAAAUGUCUAUGCAAGAUGCUCCGACAUCAUCAAAAGAUGAACCAAUGGAAGUUGAAGGUGAUGAGGAUUAUUCUGAGGUUAUGAAUGAUCCAGCUUUCUUACAAAGUGUUUUGGAGAACUUGCCUGGUGUCGACCCCCAAUCUGAGGCCGUGCGCCAGGCGGUGGGGAGCUUGAAGGACAAGAAAAAGGAUGAAAAAUCUGAAGAAAAAAAAUAGAAUAUUAGUUAAUAAAGGCUUUUUUUCUUAAUGCCGGAUUCUGAAUA